AUGGCCUCGAACGGGAAUUUGGCCCGUCAAGAUGUAGACAGAGGGUUUGUUAUUCUGGCUGUUGGCUGGAUAGAAUGCGGCAUCACGGCCUUGUUCGUCACCGGUCGAGUAUACAGCCGUUUUCAGAAGCGAGGCGGCCUGGGAGCAGAUGACUGGCUUAUUUUGAUAUCGUUUAUACUCGCCGUCGCCUUCAUGGGCGUCACCACACCAGAAGUGCAAUAUGGCACAGGGAGACACCUCGAGUUCCUCUCUGAAGAUGAAAAGAUCCAGUCGGUCAAGCUCGACUGGGUCAGUCAGGCAUUCCACAUUAUGAGCACCGCCGUGGCCAAGAUCUCGAUUGUCCUCUUCAUCCGGCAAAUCAUUGGCAAGGGCCACUCCCGCAUGUGGUUCCUCUACAUCAUGGUAGCCAUGCUGUUCGUCAUCAGCGUCGUUUGCGUGGCCUUUAUCUUUGCGCAGUGUACGCCUGCUGCGGCCUUGUGGGAUCCAAGGCUGAGCGAGGUCGGAAAGUGUUGGGAUCCCAAGGUGCAACAGGGUUAUGGGUAUUUCACAGCCUCCUUCUCCGUCUUUUCGGACUUUGCGUUGGCCGUGUUUCCCGUCACCGUGUUGUGGAACUUGCACAUGGAGUGGCGGCUGAAGAUGAGCCUCAUGUUUUUCAUGGGCCUGGGCGCGUUUGCCGGCAUUGCGUCCAUUAUCAAGACGAUGAAACUCGAGACGCUCUCCUCCCGAGGCGAUUAUACGUACGCUCUGACAGGAAUUGACUUUUGGGCCAAUGCAGAUGAAACAGUUGACCUAAUCAUCUGGAUGAUGACCGAACAAUUCUGCAUCAUCAUCGCCGCGUGCAUUCCGCCGAUGCGCUCCCUCUUCGUCAACAUCUACCGCAAAGUCUUCAACAUCCAGUCCACCCACGACGCGUCGACAAAUAAAACGGGUGGCACGAAAUCCAGACAAGGCUACGUCAACCAGCCCUCGCAAAACGAGGAGCACGGUCUGUCGCGCAUGGAGUCGGGCUACUGGCGGAAUGAGACGGAGAUCUCGGCCGCGGCCUAUCGCUCAGAGCCAGACGGCGACAAUUCGAGUGGCCAUGCCGAUCGGCGGAGCGACAGCGAUGAAUUGCUGAGGGAGCAGCACAGGGGAAUUGUGAAAAGAACCGAGGUGAUGGUUUCCGAGCAUCGGAUUUUGGACGCGGAUAUCAUUCCCAAGAAAGGAAGACCUUUGGCGCCCGCAUUCAAUUGUGGCUGCCGCGUGGAAAAGCAUGUCUCGACCAUGAUUAAGCCCGUCAACGGCUAUGACGACAUGACUACCACCACCAAGCACGAGGGCUGA